AGCUGGAAAAAGGUGAGAAGUGUCCCUAAAGAUGGAGGUAACUGGUGAAGAUUUUAACCCAUAUUGAAGUCAAGAAUACAUCACAAUCAGCUUCAAAGAUGGAGUUUAACUUUGAUAUUAAUCACCUGUUUGGAGAGACUGUGACAGUGGUAGAUUGCAACUUACAGCCAUGCAGAUCGACAGGUGAACACCUUAGAGGGAACAUGGAGAAAGUCAUCAAUGAAAUGGGACAGGCCUCGGCCAAGGCACAAAGUCUUCAUGGGCCAAUCACAUCAGCGCACAAACUCCGCUUCUCGAAUCACCAUCUGUAUGUCAUGAAAGAUGGUGAAGCCAAUGGAGGACUUGGUGCAGCAGUGGGAAUUUUGAAAACAGGACGCAAGAAACUGUUCGUCUUGGAUGCACAUGGCAACCAAAUUGAGAUGGAGCCCUUAUGCGUCUUGGAUUUCUAUGUUCACGAGUCGUGCCAGAGGAAAGGGUAUGGCAAGCAGCUCUUCCAAAAAAUGUUAUCGUAUGAGGGCAUUCAAGCACAGCAUCUACCCAUCGACAGACCUUCUCACAAAUUCACGUCAUUCUUAACGAAGCAUUAUAAUCUACGAGCUACUAUCCAUCAGGUCAACAACUUUGUCAUCUUCGAUGGAUUCUUUCGAGGCCAACCAGAGGAGAGCUUUGUUCGGAAACGAUCGUCAGCCGUGGGAAAUAGAAAGCCCCCAGUGGCUCCAAUCAAGAGAGAUGUCCAAUACUCUGGUUACCGGAAUGCAUCCAGCGCUGCCUUAUGGUCCCACGGUGCUGUGACAGCCAGACGCAACUCCCUGGACAAUCCCACAACAGCCACCCCUACGGACCAAAUGAGAGAUGUCCCCUUACCUGGCAUAGGAAGGUCAGGAUCAGCAGGUUCCAUUAGCUCGCGGGGGUCCGGUGGAAGUCGUCUGAGUAAUGGGACGCCAGAAAUGAAACAUGCAACCUCAAGAGCUUAUGGGGCCCAAGCUAACAAUUAUAGCAGGUAUCAGUCUGGAACACCCCCAUCUCCUAUUGGUAGAGCUGGAAAAGCGAGCAGUUCACCCAUAGCGACCAACACAACCCGAUUACAAAAUACGCCGCCAAUCACGCCUGGGAGCAGUGGGGGAGUAAGGGAAGCCACGCCCCCUGUUGGACGAGUGAGAAAUGCCACGCCCCCUUUUGGACGGCCGAACACGUUUGGUGUCAACUCUCACCAGACGACUCGAACUCGGGACGGCCAUUUGAAACUAUCUCCCAGUGCUACAACCACUGUGCCUGGCGGAAAACUUGGACAAAGCCCUGUUCUUCCCGGUAUUGGAUCGCUUAAUGGCACUCAGUACCACAGCCCAGACUCAUCUGCAACGAGCUACGCCCCUGGAACCUCGGUAACUAAAGAGGGUAACUACUGCUUGACACCACAGAAAAAGACAAUGCACUCAUCAUGGAACAUACUGGGUAUCCCACCCAGUCAACCACAGGGACAGGGUAAUGGGACCCACAGGAGCCCACACAACAUCUCUAACAGGCCAUGGUGACACGGGAUGGCAACACGGGAUGGCAACACGGGAUGGCAACACGGGAUGGCAACACGGGGUGGCAACACGGGGUGACCUGCGUUGAGGUGAGACGGUGUGACCCGGGUGACCCGUUGUGACACAGGGUGACCUAUGGUGACCCGGGUGACCCGUUGUGACACAGGGUGACCCGUGGUGGCACGAAGUGGCCCGUGAUCUUGUAGGUGCUUCCGGCUGGGAUUAUUGAGAAGAAGAAAACAAAUGCAUUAACUUAAAUGGGAAUCGAGGCUUCCAACAUUGCUCAAAGAGGACCCGGUUAAUCUGAAAUGAACUAGUACGUACUUCUAUUAAAGGCUGUGGACACUAUUGGUAAUUACUCAAAAUAAUUGUUGGCAUAAAACCUUACUUGGUAAUGAGUAAU